AUGCAAUCAGCGUUUCUGGACUUUGAAGCCGCUUUCGACUCUCCUGAUCGAGGCCAUCUUCUCAACGCGCUCCGUGCCGAUGGAGUACCAGUGAAGUUCGUUCGUUUGCUUGAUUAUAUAAAUCAACGAACAACUACUGCAGUUGGAACAUCAGCUAGACGUACAAUGCCGUUUGAGGUGGUAACUGGAGUGAGACAAGGGGCAGUGGCAGGACCCUUCCUGUUCAAUUUCGCCAUCGACGACAUUGUGCGAAGAACAGUAUAUCAGUGUCUUGCCGAUAUCAUUCUAGCACCAUCAGAACACCCCUUGAUCGAUCUCGAGUACGCUGACGAUGUUGUCAUAUUCGCGGAAAGCAGUACGAAACUUCAACAUGUUGUCAACCUUGUAUCGAAGCUGGCUGCAGCUUACGGACUACUCCUACGCCCUGAUAAAUGCAAGCAGAUGUGGAUCUCUUCGAGACCUCGAACGGGAAUCAGGGUGGACGGACAACCGAUAGAACUCGUCGAUGAGUUCUGUUACCUGGGCUGUAUGCUGAAGAACAACGGCAGCUACGAGAGAGAUGUUCAGCAAAGAUGCGUUAAGGCCACUUCUGCAUUUAACUCCUUAACGAAAUGUCUGUGGUCGACCCCCAUCACUAACGAAGUCAAGUUGCGAGUCUACGUAUCCUCAUUUCGCCCCAUCACGAUGUACGGAUCGGAGACUUGGGCAGCACCAUCAACGGUUAUGGAGAGGCUUGAUUGCACGGAACGAAAACUGUUUAGACGGCUACUUGGCUACUUUUGGCCUAGGGUAUGUCACAAUGAAGAUCUUUACGCAGAAAUUGAUGUGGUAUACCGGCGGAUGACACGUGGAAGAUAUCAACACCUUGCACCGCCAUCGGAAGUGGCUAAAGUAAAUCGUCUUCGCUUCUAUGGUCACCUAUUAAGGAGACCGGCAGAUCGCCUUGUCCAGCGAGUUCUGAGGAGUUCGUCGGGUUCAUGCUGGAAGAAGCCACCUGGUCGAAAACGGAAGUUCUGGACUGAGGUGGUGAAAGAGGACAUGAGGACACUUGGAUGGGCAGUUCAUGCGAGACGUAAAGUUUCGCAGAAUAUGGAGUAA